AGCUUCCCUGGGAAUGCGCGGCCGAGGGAAUGCGCGCGGCUCCCGGGCCCUGGCAGUGAGCUGGCGCCCGGCGACCUGGCACCCGCGCCUGGAUAUGGGGCGUCUACAUUGUCCCAGGAGCAGCACCAGCCACAGGAACCUGCCGCAUCUGUUUCUGGUUUUCCUCUUCGUGGGACCCUUCAGCUGCCUCGCGAGUUACAGCCGGGCCACGGAGCUAGUGUACAGCCUGAACGAGGGGCUGCCCGCGGGAGUGCUCAUCGGCAGCCUGGCCGAGGACCUGCGCCUGGCGCCCCGGGCCGCAGCGAGGCAAGACCAGCAGCCGCGGCCGCCGGAGCGCACCGGGGCUGAGUGGAACCCGCCUCUCUCCUUCAGCCUGGCCUCCCGGGGACCGAGCGGCCAGUACGUGACCCUGGACAACCGCUCUGGGGAGCUGCACACUUCUGCUCAGGAGAUCGACAGAGAGGCCCUGUGUCUUGAAGGGGGUGGAGGGGCUGCCUGGGGCGGCAGCAUUUCCAUCUCCUCUCCUUCCGCUGACUCUUGCCUUUUGCUUCUGGAUGUGCUGGUCCUGCCUCAGGAAUACUUUAGGUUUGUGAAGGUGAAAAUCGCUAUCAGAGACAUCAAUGACAAUGCCCCACAGUUCCCCGUUUCCCAGAUCUCCGUUUGGGUCCCGGAAAAUGCACCUGUAAACACCCGAUUGGCCAUAGAGCAUCCUGCUGUGGACCCAGAUGUAGGCACUAAUGGGGUACAGACCUAUCGCUUACUGGACUACCAUGGUAUGUUCACCCUGGACGUGGAGGAGAAUGAGAAUGGGGAGCGCACCCCCUACCUAAUUGUCAUGGGUGCUUUGGACAGGGAAACUCAAGACCAGUAUGUGAGCAUCAUCAUAGCUGAGGAUGGUGGGUCUCCACCACUACUGGGCAGUGCCACCCUCACCAUUGGCAUAAGUGACAUUAAUGACAAUUGCCCUCUCUUCGCAGACUCGCAAAUCAAUGUCACUGUGUAUGGGAAUGCUACAGUAGGCACCCCGAUUGCAGCUGUCCAGGCUGUGGAUAGAGACUUGGGCACCAAUGCUCAGAUCACCUAUUCUUACAGCCAGAAAGUCCCACAAGCAUCCAGGGAUUUAUUCCACCUGGAUGAAAACACUGGCGUCAUUAAACUUUUCAGUAAGAUUGGGGGAAGUGUUCUACAAAUGCACAAACUCACCAUUCUUGCUAAUGGACCAGGCUGUAUCCCUGCUGUGAUCACCGCUUUGGUAUACAUUAUCAAAGUCAUUUUCAGACCACCUGAAAUUGUCCCUCGUUAUAUAGCAAAUGAGAUAGAUGGUAUUGUUUAUCUGAAAGAACUGGAACCUGUUAGCACUCCAAUUGCGUUUUUCACCAUAAGAGAUCCAGAAGGUAAAUACAAGGUUAACUGCUACCUGGAUGGUGAAGGGCCGUUUAGGUUAUCACCCUACAAACCAUACAAUAAUGAAUAUUUGCUAGAGACUACAAAACCUAUGGACUAUGAGCUGCAGCAGUUCUAUGAAAUAGCUGUGGUGGCCUGGAACUCUGAGGGAUUUCAUGUCAAAAGAGUCAUUAAAGUGCAACUUUUAGAUGACAAUGAUAAUGCUCCCAUUUUCCUUCAACCCUUGAUAGAACUAACCAUUGAAGAAAACAAUGCACCCAACGCCUUUUUGACUAAGCUGUAUGCUACAGAUGCCGACAGUGGAGAGAGAGGCCAAGUUUCAUAUUUUCUGGGACCUGAUGCUCCAUCCUAUUUUUCCUUAGACAGUGUCACAGGAAUUCUGACAGUUUCGACUCAGCUGGACCGAGAAGAGAAAGAGAAGUACAGGUACACAGUCAGAGCUGUUGACUGUGGGAAGCCGCCCAGAGAAUCAGUAGCCACUGUGGCUCUCACAGUGUUGGAUAAAAAUGACAACAGCCCUAGGUUUAUCAACAAGGACUUCAGCUUUUUUGUGCCAGAAAACUUUCCUGGAUAUGGUGAAAUUGGAGUAAUUAGUGUAACAGAUGCUGAUGCUGGGCGAAAUGGAUGGGUCGCUCUCUCAGUGGUGAACCAGAGCGAUAUUUUUGUCAUAGAUACAGGAAAAGGCAUGCUGAGAGCUAAAGUCUCUUUGGAUAGAGAGCAGCAAAGCUCCUACACUUUGUGGGUUGAAGCUGUUGAUGGGGGUGAGCCUGCCCUCUCCUCUACUGCAAAAAUCACAAUUCUCCUUCUGGACAUCAAUGACAACCCUCCUCUUGUUUUAUUUCCCCAGUCUAAUAUGUCUUAUCUGUUGGUACUGCCUUCUACUCUCCCUGGCUCCCCGGUUACAGAGGUCUAUGCUGUUGACAAAGACACAGGCAUGAAUGCUGUCAUAGCUUACAGCAUCAUAGGCAGAAGAGGUCCUAGGCCUGAGUCUUUUAGGAUUGACCCUAAAACUGGCAACAUUACUUUGGAAGAGGCAUUGCUGCAGACAGAUUAUGGACUCCAUCGCUUACUGGUGAAAGUGAGUGAUCACGGUUAUCCCGAGCCUCUCUAUUCCACGGUCAUGGUGAACCUAUUUGUCAAUGACACUGUCAGUAAUGAGAGUUACAUUGAAAGCCUUUUAAGAAAGGAACCAGAAAUUAAUAUAGAAGAGAAAGAACCACAAGUUUCAAUAGAACCGACUCAUAGGAAGGUAGAAUCUGUGUCCUGUAUGCCCACCUUAGUAGCUCUGUCUGUAAUCAGCUUGGGUUCAAUCACACUCGUAACAGGGAUGGGCAUAUACAUCUGCUUAAGGAAAGGGAAAAAGCAUCCCAGGGGAGAUGAAAAUCUGGAAGUACAGAUUCCACUAAAAGGAAAACUUGACUUGCAUAUGAGAGAGAGAAAGCCAAUGGAUAUUUCUAAUAUUUGAUAUUUCAAUGUGGAAUCAAAUAGAGAGACGUUUUAACUGACUUUGGAUAGUCUUCAUCACCUAAACAAGAGUGUGUUGAUGGCGGUUCCAAUGAAAGACGACUAAUUUAUAACAUGUACUAUAUUGUAAAUAGCUGUUUACAGGUUUUUAAAUUCAAAUUCAGAGGUUAUAAAAUGUGUACAGCGUUUUUAAAUGAAAAUUAGUACUAACAGCUAUAGAAUUGUUAUUAAAAAAAAAAGAAAGCUUGGACAUGAUUUGCAGCUUUCAUACACCAAGCAGAUGAUUGAUAAAACCUGAGAGCAAGGUAAGAAAAUGGUACGUUAUAAUUUUUUGGCCUAAAAAGUCCUUUCACCACAAGAGGGCGUCAGCUGCUCCUUUGCAGGGAACUGAGGUAUUAUAUGCGACAGUUGUACAUGAAAUUAAUGAAAGAGUAUAUUUUAAAUAUAUUGUUUUUAACACUAAACAAAGUAUGAAAUUAAAGUAAAUUAAAUUUCACCCUACUUAAAUAUAUGAUAAGAAAGAAAAGAAAUGCACUUGUAAAACAAUGUUUAUUACCUCAUAAGUACAUGUAUAGUUUGAAAGAGAAGGCAUUAAAAAGAAGUGCAAUUCCUUUUUAGCAAGGGUAAAAACAUUGCCUUGUGUUACAAAUUCAACCUGCUGAAGAGUUUUUUCACUUUCUGUGAACUCAAAUUGCUUUCCGUUUGCUUUACCACUGCACUUGCUAUUAUUACAGGGGAAAAAUAUAUAUAUUCUUCCUUACAGAAAAUGUAACUAGAAAUUGUGCCCAAGAAAAACAGCCAGAAGCAAAGAAAUGUUUCUAUUCUUAGUUGUUUCAUAGGUGUUGAUGACAUUUUAGUGCUUGCACAACUUCUCAGUAGUACUUUAUACUUGGGUUAUAUAUUAGAUUUUUAUAUGUUUAAAGUCAUCCCUUAUAUAAAAAAGUAGAAAUCACAUUAAAACAAUUAUUCUAGAAGCUUGUGUACACUAUUGGUUGUUUUUAGUUGGGCAUUUUAUAUGAAAGUUAUACCGUACUUGUCUUUUUGCUGUUGUUUAGGUUUAUUGGCUACCAUUUCUGGCUUCCUUUCUUUGGCUUUGGACUAAGUCCAAGAGUUUAUUUGUAAGCCCAGCAGCAGAUUUCUUUGAUAAUAUAGCUUUUGCUGAAUCUUUUGCAAUGAAGAAAGCUGGUUCAUCAGUGAUUUAUCACUUUCACUUCAUUGUGUGAGCUGGAAAUUUUAUUUUAUAUGAGAGCUAUUGCAAAAUUAUCUGUAUAAACAAGGAAUGUAAGUGUUAGUUUAAACUGGAUCAUUUUACUUUUUGGCAUCAUGCGUCUGUACUGUACCAAAAGUGUUUAUAUGUCUACAAAUUAAAGUUAUAUAUUUUCAUAA